AUGUUCGAGGCCCCUCCCAAUGCCCCAGUGAUGGAUGGGAGGGCGGCUUACCUCUGCUCUGUGUUUUCAGGAAAAGUCAAAGCUGCCAACGUCCUGGCCAGCGCGCCGUCCGACAGGAACUUGGGGGCCUUCAAGGAGCUGGGCUGCAAGACGACACACUGCAACAGUGAGGUACUGCAGCACUGUACCGUGGUCUUCCUCGCCACCAAGCCGUAGCCCGUACCAGCUCCCCCUGCCGUCCCCCGGGACCACGUUAUUGUAUCCGUGGCUGCUGGAGUCACUCUGCAGAUCCUGGAAGAGCUUCUCCCGGCUGGGACCAAGGUGCUGCGGGUCAUGCCCAACCUGCCCUGCGUGGUGCAGGAGGGGGCGGUGGUGUUUGCCCGGGGCAGCUGCGCUGGAGAGCAAGAGGCCGCCCUGCUGAAGAGCCUGCUGUCCUCCUGCGGGCUGUGUGAGGAAACGCCCGAGUCCUACAUCGACAUCCACACGGGCCUGAGCGGCAGCGGGGUGGCCUAUGUCUACUUGUUUGCUGAGGCCCUGGCGGACGGUGCGGUGAAGAUGGGCAUGCCCAGUGCUUUGGCCAAUAGAAUCGCCGCCCAGACACUGCUGGGAGCUGCGAAGAUGAUCCUGGACACGGGGGAGCAUCCGGCCAAGCUGCGCACGGAUGUCUGCACGCCUGGCGGCACCACCAUUCACGCCCUGCAUGAGCUGGAGAAGGGGGCGCUGCGGGCGACCGUCAUGAACGCCGUGGAGGCUGCGACCGUGCGGGCUCGCGAGCUGGGCAAGAGAUAGGGGCCGGGCAGCGUGUUCUGGGGCCUUUCUGAGCCCUGCAAGAGCUGCCCCUGGGGGACUCUGGAGUCUCCAUCCCGUGAUGGAAGGAGGCCGUCCAAGCCAUCCUGCGGAUGUAGAUCCCAGUCCUUUCUCCCCAGGUGCUGCUCUUCCUGCCGGAGGGAUUGGUCUCGGCGUUUGCCAUUUCGUUUCCUUUAAGGGGCUGUUUGCCUCCAUGUUUCAGCCCUUCUUGUUGGGACAUUCGGUGCCGUUUUCUGCCGAGGCGGGAAAAUGGCGUCAUGUGACCACUGCAGUCUGCCCAGCUACAAAAGGGUGGAUAAGAUCUGGGCACGCGAUGCUGGGGCUCUCCCUCCCCAGGCCGCAGCACCAUGCAGACCGAUCCGCUUCCCUGCGUGUUCCUGAGCCUUGCUGUCAAGCGCUGCCGUUUCCCGUCACUUCUCGCCCGGGCUUUUCCUGACCAGCUGUGGUAUUCCUGGGACAUGUGGGUGCGCAGAGGGAUGUUAAAUAUCGGUUAACUGAAUAGUCGAGUAACCAGGGGCGGGGCCAGUAGCCACUUUAGCAGAGGCAGCAGCGUGGGGUGCCAGGUGGGAGCUGGUCUGUGAGGGGAGCCAGUUUGAAAACCAGCUCCCCUCGCGGACUGGCUCUCGCCCUGCGCUGCUGCUUCUGAGAGAGAGGCAGCAGUGUGGGACGGCAGCAGUCCCUGUCUAGGAGGGGUCUGAGCUCCCGGACCCGAUGUGAGCCACAACUGAGCCAGGCUGCCUGCCCAGCCGGCUCCUAAUCUGCUCAUCGGUUAAUCGACUACAGUUCCAUCCCUAGCGUACAGCUUGCCUCUUUCACCUUGCUGACCCACUUCGGUUGGGCUUCGGCUUCAUGCCAGUGUGUGUUUACUGAGUUAUUUUAAUAAAACCCUGUUGUUUGCAUCCCA